AUGUGGCUACUGAGCACCGACCGCGCCGAACUGCACUACUUCUCCCGGACCUUCGACGCUGACGGAGGCUACGCGAUCCUCUCGCAUACCUGGGAGAAAAACGAGCAAACGUACCAGGAAGUUCGUGCUAUCAGCGAACGAUGCCGACGCCAUCAUGCGAAUCCCCGAGACGAUCCUGAGCUGUCGCCCAAGAUCCGCGAGAUGUGCAUUCUCGCCGAAGAACACGGGUACCAGUGGGCCUGGGUCGACUCGUGCUGCAUCGAUAAGACGAGCAGUAGCGAGCUUUCCGAGGCCGUCAACUCGAUGUAUCGGUGGUACUCCGACUGCGAGGUGUGCUAUGCGUACCUCGCCGACGUCCCUGGCGACUGUAUUCUGGACGCGUCGAACUCCGCCUUCAGAAGGAGCCGCUGGCACACUCGAGGAUGGACCCUCCAGGAGCUCGUUGCCCCCGCGCGUCUCUUGUUCAUAUCUAGCGACUGGACCGAGUUGGGGAACAGAACGACCCUGGCCAACCUGCUACAGGAGAUCACAGGGAUCGAAUCCAGGAUUUUCACCAGACAGAAGAGACCUGCCGACUUCUCCAUUGCCUCGCGCAUGAAUUGGGCGUCGAGACGAAGGACGACGCGCGUGGAAGACGAAGCGUACUGCUUGAUGGGCCUUUUCGAUGUCAGCAUGCCGGCCAACUACGGAGAGGGUGAAAGGGCGUUUACGCGCCUACAAUACGAGAUCAUGCGCCACAACUCAGACACCAGCCUCUUCGUCUUUGGAGACGAUUUCUUGCCUCGCGGAGACUUCAGCACCCAUGGCAUCACUCUUGGGCUUCACGUCGAUAUUUGCGAUACAUGGCAGUUUCUGUUAGCAUCCUCUCCACGUGAGUUUGAGACACGAGUGCACUAUACCCCGAGGAGUCUCAACCCCUUGAACCUAGCAGGACAGCGGAGGCGCGUGGGACGGAGCUGA